CCUUGGCGAGCGCCCGUGAAGUCAUCGAGUGUUAGCUGGGGCCAAGCGCCGCUUCCUAGGGCUGAGGCUUUCCCCGGGCACCGGGCUGUUUUCCUGGUACGUGUCAGUGCGUUGCUGCUGUCGCCGUGAGGAUCCUGCACACGCCGGCGGCUGAGUGGGAUCACCGGGCGGCCGUGCAAGUAGGCCUCGGCUGGGAGCUCGGCGCGGUCGGGCAGACGGCGCCUGGCCUGCUCAUCUGGAGAGAGAAGUCACCCUGCCCGACGUGACCUGCCCUCCUCUCGCGGGGAGCCCGGGCUGUUGCCAAAUCGUUCUCUUAAUCAAAAUGAAAUUGAUGUAUUUCUGGGCUUCCAAGGUCAUCCUGAGAAAGCUGCAUCUCAAACAUAGCAUAGGCUACGUUUUUUAGCUUAUUUCCCAGAUGUAAUCUUCUGUGGGGCCUUUAUGCAAGACUCGUUCACUCUGCUUUUGUGAGGAGAGCUCGUGGCCAGAAACGGAGCAGUAUAUGGCACAAUGUUGUAGGAAAAUGCAUCUCUUUUCUCCUCCUGUUCUUUGUCGUAUUGUACGGAGGAUUUCUACAAUUGGCCUGAUGAAUCCUUUGAAGAAAUGGAUAGUACGUUAGCCGGUCAGCAGUAUAUUCAGCAAAACAUAAGGGCAGACUGUUCCAACAUUGAUAAGAUCCUUGAACCUCCUGAAGGCCAGGAUGAAGGUGUAUGGAAGUAUGAACAUUUAAGACAAUUCUGCCUUGAGCUCAAUGGACUUGCUGUCAAGCUUCAGAGUGAAUGUCACCCAGACACGUGUACUCAGAUGACAGCAACCGAACAAUGGAUUUUUCUUUGUGCAGCUCAUAAAACUCCCAAAGAGUGUCCUGCUAUAGACUACACUAGACACACGCUUGAUGGAGCUGCAUGUCUUCUGAAUAGCAAUAAAUAUUUCCCCAGCAGGGUUAGCAUAAAGGAAUCGUCUGUAGCCAAAUUAGGAUCAGUGUGCCGAAGGAUUUACAGAAUAUUUUCACAUGCUUAUUUUCAUCACCGGCAGAUAUUUGAUGAAUAUGAAAAUGAAACUUUCUUGUGUCACCGGUUCACCAAAUUUGUGAUGAAAUAUAAUCUGAUGUCCAAGGAUAACCUGAUUGUACCGAUUUUGGAAGAAGAAGUGCAGAAUUCAGUGUCAGGGGAGAGCGAGGCAUGAUGGGAAUGGCAGUACAGAAGCCUGUACUGAUGAUAAACAGAACAUUAAUUAUGUACUGUAUAUAUCAUUUUAGACACUUCAAUCACGUAUCCU